AUGGGCUCCCUUCUCUCGAAAAUCUUCUUCUCUCAAAUCAUCGGUUAUAAACAUUCGAAAAUUUUAAUUCUGGGACUCGAUCAUGCUGGUAAAACAGCAACUUUAUAUAAAAUUGGUUUGAAUGAGAAUGUCACCACUGUUCCAACAAUUGGAUUCAAUUCGGAAAUGAUACAAUACAACAAUGUCAAAAUGUUGAUUUUCGAUUUGGGAGGACAAGAAAAAGUUCGAUCCUUGUGGCAACAUUAUUUUGAAAAUACGGAUGCUAUUAUAUUUGUGGUGGACUCUGCAGAUCGAGAAAGAAUGCAGGAAGCACGAGAAACGCUGCAUGAAAUACUAACGAAUUCAAAUUUGGAAAAAGUGAAAUUACUUAUUUUAGCAAAUAAGCAAGAUUUGUCAGAAGCUUUAUCGGCAUCUCAAAUUGCAGAGGAAUUGGAUUUGAAAAGUAUUAAACAAGAUUAUCACUUGCAAGAGUGCUCGGCAAUCACUGGGGAGGGGUUAUAUGAAGGGUUUGAUUGGUUGUCUGGAAAAAUUGCAUAA